AUGCGAAAAAGUCGUUUUUGCAUUAGUUCUUCUUUCAUCACGCUCAAUCACUUCUCUUCUAACAAGUUGGGGGGGCCUCUCACCUCCUCCCGGAUUACGCCUGAUUCCCUGCUACCUUUCGUUCACCCCCCUCCUCUCUCAAGUCCUCAGUGUCAAGGGCUUGUUGACAAAUUCUCGCUGGAUGCGCUUGAUAUCAAGGAGUCUUUGCAAACACCUGUCCGCAAGAAGCAACGAACAGAACCAGGGCAAGAUGGCCCCUUGGCAUCUCCCCCCAAAAAGCGAGCUGCGGCAGGUCGACCGAAAGCAGGUACCGGACCAGCUUUCAACCUCGCCACUUUUCUGGAGGAGAAGCGUAGCGGGAUGUACAGGUUUUUGGAGCAGGAAGAAGCUGUGAAGCGCCUUCCAGAUCACAAGAAGACGAAUCCACAUCAUGUGGAGCUGGAAAUGUCCAAGCACCCAGUUCAAUGCAUGGCAUGCGGUGUUUACUUCCAUCUUCCAAUCUUCACGAACGAUCUAGCGCUGAAAUCACACGAAUCAUCCAGCAUCCAUCGCAGAUCAGUGGUAGCACCACAACAGUCUGGUGAAGGUGGUGAAGAAACAGGGUCCAGCAAAAGCAUCACGCUGGCCAAGUGCAAUGGAAUCUGCUUGUCUUCUGGGCCUGGCGCCCUGUCUGUGAUGGGGAGCAAGGUAGAGCAGAUCCUCCAGUGGAUUGAGAGCGGUGCUAUUGGGACUACGCCAUCACAGCUGGACUGCAUUCUGGCCGAAGUCGAUAGAAGUGGUCAGCUGUGGCUACAGCACUCUCAGUGCAAAGCAGAAGAGACAUGGUGUGUAGGCCCUUGCGACCGUUGUCACCGCCUCUCACGCAGCGUCAAAGCUAUGAACAACUUGAUGUCUUGGGUCCAAAAGAUUUGCUGGGUCAACCUGACUCAUCUGACCUUGCGAGAAGACCAAAGCAGGCAGGUGGAGCUAGCGGCAUACAUGGUGAAGGAAUGGCCCGAGCUGGCUUGUCGAGAUCUUGAUCGGAUCAGCUAUGUCGACGCGGUCAACACUACUAAGGCUUUGUUCAUGAACUUUCCGCGAAAGCUCAUGCGAGAGAGUCUCGUACAGUACCUCGACCGGAACCUGAACUACCUCACUCAAGGAGUUGUCCUCGGUGUAUCCCCUGAUGUCCGGAAGCAAGUGUCCUCAUUUGUUUCUGCCCUCACGAACGGUGAACUCUCUUCAACAGAGACGAGGGUGACAGAACUGAUAUUGAAGGGUGGCUUGCGGUCAGACCAGUUGACACGCCUUCUGGUACCAACGCUGCUGGAGAAGGCAGAUCGCAUCCGUCGCAACAAGGCAGAACGUACUGGUUGCGCUGAUCAUGUCACAUCCAGUGGAAUCCAGGAGCUCGGGUUCCUUCUGGGUCAGCACCUGAAAUCUACGGAAAUCCAACGGGCUUUUGGCAUUCCAAGAUCGUGUGUCACUACAUGGAGAGAGGCGAACUUAUUGUCGCGGGAAUUGCCACAUUUCUUCUGCGCUAGCGGGGAGCAACUGACGCAAGCCUGUGGAGCAGCUUUGGAUUGCCUCCAACUCGAAGGCUCACCGGCGUAUAUGCUGACACGGGAUGAAUGCGUUUUCGCCCAGAGCUACAGUUUGCUUUAUGGCCUUUGUCCUGACGACGCAUCCAAACCUGUGGUCGUUGGUGGGAAGGCUCCGAACGCAUGCAGGGACAUGGACACAAUCGACGGAUUGCGCAAGGAGGAUCUGGCGCCGGUGACCGUUUGCACCCUGUUGAAGGGAGUCAACAAGAGAAGUGAUGCCUUCAUGAUCCAGAUGAUCCCUAGGGACCACAAAAGCACUGCCGAUCACGAGCUGCAUGAAACGGGGACCAUAAUCCAACACUGCAUUGAGGCGAAUCACGGAACUGCACCGCUUGCUGUAUCCGUUGACAACCACAAGUCCUUCAAGAAACUCAACAAGGCUUUGCUCGGUUUGCUGCCCCUGUCCGAAGUGCAGGGCAUUCCUUUUUUUGAGCAGUGCGUUCCUUCUCGCAAAGUGCCCGCGUUGAUGUUUCCCUUCGCAGCAUUGGCAGCGAAGAAUGGACAGGGGCAGCCAAUCUUUGGAUGUAAUGAUCCUAAGCAUGUCGCAAAGGGAGUGGUGAGGGCUAUCCGGAGUUCGACCAGAGUACCGAAGAUCUUCCACAUGCACAUCUCUAUGUCACCGCUUUCAUUGGCCAAUUGUCCAGAUACGUAUAUCUGGGGAAAGGACCUCCAGAGUGAUAAGGAAUGCUCAGCAAUGUUGAACCCGCGCUUCCUCGCCCAACCCCAAUUUGAUGACCUCGGCAUCAUCCUGUUUAUGUUCUGGGAGGCAUUGUGCUUGGGACCAUGGCUAGCGUCGCGAGCCUUCAAGGAUGAUGAGCUUCUGGAGAAUGCGUUUGCGGCCUACUAUUUCACCUUGCUGAUCAUCAAGGAGGGAUGGGAAGAAGCUGGUCCGAGAUGGGACAAGUGCUUCAUCAGCCAACAGACAGCUUUCAAUACCCUCCACAUGAUCAGCCAUCUGAUUUUGCGGCUCGCACACUGGCCAAGAUCACAGGUCCUGGAGCCACAGUACGCGAUGGAGGACGCAGCAGAGCAUUACUUUGGACGUCUCAAGACUUUGCACCGCCAAACCGGUUCCCCAACGGUUGCCAACGCUAUCCGUGCAGCAGCUGUAUUGCACGCGAGGCAGAGAAGGUCCUUGAAGGAGGCUAGUUCCAAGAGGCUCUUUGACGGAGACAUAGCAGACCUUGGGAAUGUAUCUCAAAGAGCUUUGGAUUUAGUGUGCACUCUCGCGAGCUGUUGCAUGAUCAAGCGAAAGGCAAGUGAUAUCAAGCAUGAUUUGGAAGCGUGGUGGUCCACGGCUGGCAGAGAUCUCCUUGCUUCAGGCCAAGCUCAGGACCCUGAACCUGAUUCCGAUGACGAUCUUCCAGAGGAGCCAGCCGCGCAAGAGUCAGAGGAAAAGGAUCCACUCGUGGAAUCGAUUGAGGCGACGCAGGCCGGGAUGAAGUUGGAUGCAGAGCUGACUCAGCUUGCAGAAGACCCGGACUUCAAAGGCUUGGAUGAGAAGCCAACUGAGAAGCCAGACCCCAUCGAAGCCGAUUCCGACGAGAGCGACCAAGAAGAAGCCUGGAUCAAGGAUCUCGAUCCAGACGCUGUGUCCACUCUCAAGGAUGUCUUGGACCAAGCAAAGAUGGCCACCUUUACCUGUCAGACAGAUGACCAUGAAGGUAGAAUGCUGCGGCGUGUGCGCCAGCUCAGUGGUCCGAUGCGCAACUUCGUUGCCAAGGUUCGGAUUCAUGAAGGAAUCUUGUCUCGGGCAACAGUCAUGAACUGCAAAGCAAAGUGCAACAAGCAUCAGCAGUACGAGCAUGCGCUGGCUUUGGCCAGAGCCGCGUUCCAAUGCAGCGCCCAAAGGCAAUCACGGUUUUCUCUUUGGACUAGCUUUGCUUCGCGAGUGCUUCAGGACAUCAAGGUUGAACUUGAGAUGCCAGACGAUUCAGAGCUUGCCGCUUUGAAGCCUGAGGCAUUCCAUGCGUCGACUGAGCCUGACAAAGCUGGCGAUCGAAGCUUUCAGCUUCUAGUUGUGCGCCCGCUGACGGCUGCCACUAGUUGUGGAGGCCUUCGCUUUGCCACACCAGUGAGUUUGUGGCGCGCGUCAAAGGGGAGCGCCAAGAGCUGCAAGACCGAAAAGCGAUGCGGCAAGGGCUCCUUCCCUGCCCACGUGGUGACGACGGUGCAUGCUCAGCUCCUGAUACCUGUGGGCGAGGACGGCAAUACUUUAAUUGGCGGGCCUCUCUCGCCAAUCGCGACUUUGACCCCCACAAAUGGAGAUGUGCUCUUUGAGGUGAACCCGAAGAAUUUCAAGGUUUCCUGGACUCAGCACCAUGUGAAGGUGGAGCUUUCUAAAGCUGCUGAAGAGGCAUUCAUGGCGGCAGUAAAAGCUGGCACAUCCUUCAACGAGAAGGUUUCUGCGAAGAGUGACACGUGGUACAUUGGUGAGGAGUCCCUCAAACCGAACACAAACAAUGGCAAAAGCAAUAUCCUUCAGAUCGUCAAGGGCAUGGCUUUGGACUUCGAGAAGAUCCACUAUCCUUUGUUGGAUGAGCAGCGGCGUGUGAAAGUUACUUUACCAAGCCACGACAAGGUUCUCGUGAGUUGGGAUGAGCUUUUGGCGCGACUCCCUGGCUACUUCGCGAUGAAAUUUUCGAAAGCCAACAUUUCGCCGGAGCAAAAGCACCUCCCGAUUGGACGACUUGUUCAUGCAGACCUUCAAGGUGGAGCUCCUCGGCAUGGUGAGCCGGCACACCGGUUCUUGCGAUGGUUGGGCAAUGUCCACCAUCUGGCCCCUGCAGCUAUCAAGAUCAAAUCUGGUCCGUGA